AAGUAUCGCUAUAAUUAAAAUGAUGCAUAUAAUGGAGAGCCUAAAUAACGAAAUUCAUCAGCGAUGCGGAUAAGAAUAUUCAUUGAAAUAAAUUCUACGUAUAGUGGUUAGUGGGUAGUAUAGGGAAAUACCCGAAAGCACGCGUUGGGCGUUGAUGUUGACGGAAAUAGUCCUCUUCAAACGUCAACGUCAAGCAAGUUCAAACUUCAAAGUCAAGUCGCAAAUGCGUGAUUUGUUUUAGUGCAUUAAAGCAUUUUUGUGAAAAAGUGAUCCCCUGCUUAUUACUAAUAACCAUCAAGUUUUAAAAAUGCCAUCAAAGCAGAGAAAAAUCGCGAUGAUGGGUUACAGAUCAGUCGGUAAAUCAUCUCUAAUUAUUCAGUUCGUAGAAGGACAGUUCGUGGAUUCAUAUGACCCUACAAUUGAAAAUACAUUUACAAAGUUCAUCCGCCUGAACUCGACCGAGUACGAGGUGAAGCUAGUGGACACGGCAGGGCAGGACGAGUUCAGCAUAUUCCCCCUCCAGUACAGCAUGGACUUCCAUGGAUAUGUGCUUGUGUACUCCAUUACGUCCAGCAAAAGUUUUCAGAUUGUACAAAUCAUUUACGACAAACUGCUUGACAUGGUUGGAAAGAUACACGUACCCAUAGUAUUAGUCGGCAACAAAACGGAUCUGCACCUCGAAAGGAAGAUCAGCACAGAGGAGGGCAAACGGUUGGCAGAGAAGUGGAAAGCGGCCUUCGUUGAGACCAGCGCUAAACGGAAUGAGUCAGUGACGGACUUAUUCCACGCGAUCCUGCUUGAGAUCGAGCGCUCAGACGGGCACAUAAAGGAGAACGGCAACGGCUGUGUGCUGUGCUAAUCGGACUGCUUCUUACUUAAGCUGAAGUGAACUAGAUCUAAUUUUAGAUUAUGCCUAGCGAGGGGCUCAGUUGUGCUACAUCUUCCAAAUUGAUAACUUAAGUCACCUAAUUUUGAAUGUAUAUGUAUUCAGCUUACUAAAUGUAGAUUCCGGAGUAGGUGAAGAAAUCAGUUUUGAAGGUGUAAAACAGUGUUUAGUAUCAAGUGGGUAGGAUAGAAAUAGAAAUGUAGCGUUACCAGGAAUUUGACACUAACAUUACUUUUUUUCACUUCGCCGGGUCCACAUAGAGCGAUGCAGGUCGCGAGGCAAUGUGCUCGCGCGGCAAACGUUCAGUGACUCGGCCGAGUAACUUGCCUCCGCCGAAGCACGUCUAUAGUGGACAUUUGCCUCGCGACGUGCAUCGCCUUGUGUGGACCCAGCUUUUACUGGCAUGUUAGUUCGACUGAGAUGUAAAGUAAGUAAGUUACAUAGACAUUAGCCGAUAUGUUAGUGUCAAACUCGUAAGGCUUUUGGGGCCUAACGCGAACUACGUUCGACGUAUUACCUUCCUGUUACACUUACGAACGAACUUACAGGUGCGACAGAGAGGUAACAAUCAAACAUGAUUUGCGGUAGGCUUUACGGUUCCGCCACGACAUUGGUCUGGCGGCAGUGGUGUGCGGCAGCCAUAGAUUAGAGCGAGACAAAGCGAUGGGACUUGCCGCUCAUCGCUGUCGCCUUAGACCAAUGUCGUGGCCACGCCGUUAUGGUUAUACGCGGAGAUUUUUCAUGAUUGGAGCUACUGCUAUAUGAAAGACUGAUGAGUUGACUCCCUACCGACUUGAUACUACUCCCCUAUACAAUAGCAAUGGUUGAAGCAUUAUUUGGAAGCAUAAAUGUGUGAGCAUAAGCCUAUACAUUUUGUUUAUAAUUUAUGCUUUAUAUGCUCUUACCUCAUAGUUUGGUUGACCAGUGAUUAUGAUAGUUAAAUAGUCAGUAAACUACAGAGUGUCAUGGACGUCGUUCCUACCUAUAUUCUGUACCUCAGCAUAUGAUGUUUGGAGGUGGAUGGCGGUGGCAAACAAGUGUAUAGUCAGACAAUAACAGAACUCUUUCCAACUUUCAUAGAAAUCACCUGCAUGUUGCCAAUCCAUGCAAGGAUAUAUCCAUGCUCCAAGUCUUCUUGAGGGGGUGUACUAGUUACAGGCUAUUGUGACUGUUUACCAUCUAGUAAACAAUUGUUUGCCACCAACGUGUUAUAAAAAUGCAGAUUCUUUCUGUCAAUACAGUCCGCCGUCGGGAAAUUAGCAAUUUAUACCACCAAGAACACAACAGUACUAUCAUAGUAGAAGUACUGCAUUUUAUUAUUAUGAGUUCAUUUGUAGACAACUUUAUGAAUUAAUUCUGUUAAUGUGGUCUUUUGAAAGUAAAAACAACUCCAGCCAACAUAUAUUGAGGUAUAGAACUUGAAAUUGAAUAUAUAAACUGUACAUAAUGCAUUAAAUGGAAUAUUUUAUUACAUACAUACAUAGUUGUAGCAUUUUGUUUUUGAAAGGUUGCAUUUAAUUUGGAAUUUAUAUAGGAGUCAUUGUAAGUGCUUAUUAAAUUGAGGAAUCAUAGCUCUUAUUGUUUUAAAUAGUCUCAAAUGAAACACUUAAAGUUUUAGCAGAUAGUAUUGAUGAUUGGUUCAUCUUUGUGUAUUUUAACAGGUCAUUUGCAGAUAACUCUUAGAUAAAGUAUUGACCUUCUCCGUGUUAGCAACAUACAAAAGGAACAUUUGUUUAUAAACAUAGAUUACACGCCCACUAGUUCGAGUAAAGGUCUAAACACACGAUGCUUGAAAAUGGUGCAGUUUUCGAAUCGCAUCGCAUUAUAAGCGUACCGUUUUAACGGCACGCUCCACAUGCUGUUCAAAAAAUGGCGGAGAUCUCGAACGUAGUGACGUACCGUAAAUUGUACUACGAGGGUAGGCGUCAGUAUCGUGACAUAGGCGUCCACACAGGGCAAGUCACGUGGCGAGGCAAUGUGCACACGCGGCAAAUGCAAUGCAGACAUGUUUCGGUUGGUCGGCGGAUCAAAAUGUGCGUGCUGCUUCGGCCUAGGCAAGUCUACAAAGCAUGGUUGCCGCGCGAAAACAUUGCCUCGCGAGUCUCGCGACGUGCCUCGCUCUGUGUGGACCCAGCCAAUCACGAUAAAAAUGUGCUGUUAUUCUACACAGCGUUUAUUGAGAAGCUGUGUGGUCGGACCUUAAGAGACAUUGCGUUCACAUCUAAUGCGUACUCUAUGUUUAUUUAUAAUCGCGGCGAAUCCGUUAAUGCUGGUUAUGUUCUUGUGGCUCGUUUUGCGUAGUAAGUUACAGUUUUACGAUUCUAAACAAAUAGUAUUUGCGUAGAGAAAUCAGUAAGCGUUGGGUGCUUGCUCCAUACAUAGAUAAAACCCAAGUCUUGUUAAUGUUAUCAAUGCUACCAUACUUACCUUACCUCCCAUACGACUUGUUAUUAAAUAAGGAAUUGAGUAUGGAAUAAGCCUUACUGAUUUCUCUACGAUAUUAAUAAAUACUGGUUAGUUUAAACUUGUAAAAUUGUAUCCUACGAGUUCAUGAAAUGAGCCACUGUUCCCAUUCUUGUUGUUUUGACUGUGGAACGGCGAGGUUGAGUUUAAAAAUAAGAAUUCUCAGGUCAAUUUAUGUUAGGGUGAUUUUUUGGGAUUGCUUACCUUAAGGACAAAACGUAUCGUCUGGUAAUCAUAUUUAUUUUUCGGUAGGUUAUUAUAGGGUAUGUUUUAAAAUCUAAAGAUAUAAUUUAUUUAUAUUACUGUAAUUUUGUUCAAAUGUUGGGUUAUUAUCAACCCAAUUACAAUCAAUGAAUUCAUCAAAUGCAUAGUGUAGUAGCCAGAAAGGUCUAAGCCAUACUGUUUCAGAAUGAUUAAAAAUCAACUUAAUCGGUUCAUUAGUUUCUUAGCAAACCGCUCAUAACAGACGGACAGACAGGCGGAACCCCUAAAAUAGUUUAAUUCAGAUUACUCAUCUUAUCCUUGUGAAAUAGUAUGGUUUGUAUCUUAGCAUUGCUACAUCCAAGUGUAGAUUUAGUUCCUACUUUUAAUUAA